CUCAUCCACAAGGUCUCACUGAAGGAAGAGUCAGGUGCCAACAACUGUCCUCUUCUCCUGUUGAUUUGAUCCAAUGGACUGACAUGCAGGGGAGACUCAGAUGAAAGUUGCACCCGAGGAGUGUUUGUGCUCAUGGCUGAGGAGCCUUCCUAAAGCUGCCUUCCUCACUAUCCACCAAAAUCCUCCCGCUGUUCCAGGCACUAAUUCCAGAGGGUGGAAUCCAUGCUUUCACAUGGCAAAGGCCAGCUGUAACUGUUGCCUCCCACUGAAAACACAGAGGGAGUAAAAACCAUCACCAGUGGAUGCCACAACAGAGAUUUCCAUCCUCUCCCUCUGUGUGGAAUGUGCCUGUUGCUGCCAUCUCCCUAUAACAGAGGGCUAUCUGUUUGGUAUCCUCAGGAUUUGCAGAGAGCAUCUUUUGUGUUUAAAAACUAAAAUCGGGGCUGCUAAGUAGUUCCUCAACUGGAAACUGGUGACAAAACUGAGUUAUAAACAAUGCCAUCAGGACAGAGCAACUGGAAGAAAACGACACCCAGGGGGUGCGAUUCCCUCCCUGGCUGAUGCCGCUCUGAGCACCCAGAGCCCCCCGAAGGCAGCGGCGGUGCAGUCGCUGUGACAGCGCAAGGGCAGAAGCUCUGGACGGUAGAGGAUGCUAGAGAAGAGGGCCCAGCAGCAUCCAGAGAGCUUUCCCCUGCCAUCCUGGGCACGUGCUGGCUGUCUCCAUGUGCUGGGAGGCUGUAAAAACAGGAUCCACUGGCAAUUCCUAGCACUUGGAGUUGCUGAUAGCUGAUGGAAGGCGAAGAGCGGGCGAUAAAUUACCUGUUUCAAGUCAGGUUGUCUCUCCUCCUGUAAUUAAUUCAGCACCACCCCAGCCUGCUGAGGCUCUCAGGAAGUUAAGAUACAACAAUGGUGGCACAUACCCUGUUCCAGUGGAUUCUAAAAGGGCUUAUCCUGACUUUCCUGCUCAAAACUACUCUGUCCCUAAAUCCAGAUGAUCCAAACGUUUGCAGUCAUUGGGAAAGCUAUGCUGUGACAGUGCAGGAAUCUUACGCUCACCCCUUUGAUCAGAUCUACUACACACGAUGCACAGACAUCCUCAACUGGUUCAAGUGCACCAGGCACAGGAUCAGUUAUAAAACUGCCUAUCGGAGGGGGCUGAGGACGAUGUACCGGCGGAGAUCCCAGUGCUGCCCGGGAUACUACGAGAGUGGAGACUACUGCAUCCCUCUGUGCACCGAGGAGUGUGUGCAUGGCAGGUGUGUCUCUCCUGACACGUGCCACUGUGAACCAGGAUGGGGAGGCACUGACUGCUCCAGUGGCUGUGACAGCGAGCACUGGGGGCCCCACUGCAGCAACCGCUGCCAGUGCCAGAACGACGCGCUCUGCAACCCCAUCACGGGCGCCUGCGUGUGCGCCGACGGCUUCCGCGGCUGGCGCUGCGAGGAGCUCUGCGACCCCGGCACCUACGGCAAGGGCUGCCAGCUCCAGUGCCAGUGCCACCACGGGGCCACCUGCGACCACCAGACCGGAGAGUGCCACUGCGCGCCCGGAUACACCGGAGUCUUCUGUGAGGAGCUGUGUCCCCCCGGCAGCCACGGAGCCCAGUGCGAGCUGCGCUGCCCCUGCCAGAACGGCGGCGUCUGCCACCACAUCACCGGGGAGUGCUCCUGCCCCGCGGGAUGGACGGGGCUGGUGUGUGCACAGCCGUGUCCUCCUGGAACCUUUGGAAUCAACUGCAGCCAGGACUGUCCGUGCCACAACGGAGGACACUGUGACCCCGUGACAGGAAAAUGCAUCUGCACAGCUGGCUAUAUAGGAGACAGGUGUCAGGAGGAGUGUCCCAUCGGCACCUACGGCUUCCAGUGCUCCCAAACCUGCGACUGCCAGAACGGGGCCAAGUGUUACCACGUCAAUGGAGCCUGUAUCUGUGAGCCUGGCUUCAAAGGCAUUUACUGCCAAGAAAGGAUGUGUCCAGAAGGGUUUUACGGCCUCAAAUGCAACAAGAGAUGCCCUUGCAAUGUUACCAACACCCUCAGCUGCCACCCCCUGUCUGGAGAGUGCAGCUGCAAGGCUGGCUGGGCUGGGCUCUACUGCAACGAGACGUGUCCGCCGGGCUCGUACGGCGAGGGCUGUGCCCUGCCCUGCCCCUGCCACAACGGGGCCGACUGUGACAGCGUCAGCGGGGCCUGCUCCUGCGCCCCCGGCUUCAUGGGAGAUGACUGCACCAUCACCUGCAUGGCAGGAACCUAUGGAACCAACUGCUCCUCGGUUUGUAACUGCAAGAACGACGGUGCCUGUUCCCCUGUGGACGGUCUGUGCUACUGCAAAGAAGGGUGGCAAGGAGUGGAUUGCUCUAUUCCAUGUUCAAGUGGGAGUUGGGGUCUCAACUGCAACCAGACGUGCUCCUGCACCAACGGAGCUGCCUGCAGGCCAGCAGAUGGCUUCUGCCUCUGCUCCCCGGGAUGGCAGGGGGAGUUCUGUGACCAGCCCUGCCCUGAUGGAACAUAUGGUCUCAACUGCAGCGAGCGCUGUGACUGUAACCACGCCGAUGGGUGUGACCCUGUCACUGGGUACUGCUGCUGCCUGGCAGGCUGGACAGGCAUCCACUGUGACAACAUCUGCACCCAGGGCCGCUGGGGCCCCAACUGCUCCAUCUCGUGCAGCUGUGAGAACGGGGGAUCCUGCUCCCCAGAGGAUGGCACCUGUGACUGUGCCCCGGGAUACAGGGGACCCUUGUGCCAGAGAAUUUGCCCCCCUGGCUUUUACGGACACCACUGUGGCCAGCCCUGCCCCCAGUGCGUGCACAGCAACGGUCCUUGUCACCACGUGUCGGGACACUGCGACUGCCUGCCGGGAUUCUUCGGCCCUCUCUGCAACCAAGUGUGUCCCAGCGGGAAGUACGGGAAGGACUGCGCCGAGGUGUGUCAGUGCACCGAGAACGGGACCUGCAAUCCCAUCGACGGCUCCUGCCAGUGCUUCCCGGGCUGGAUAGGCAUGGACUGCUCUCAGACUUGUCCCAGUGGGUUUUGGGGCCCUGAUUGCUUUCACUCCUGCAACUGCCACAACGGAGCCCUGUGCAGCCCCUACGAUGGAGAAUGCCGAUGUACCCAUGGCUGGACCGGGCUCUUCUGCACUCAGCGUUGCCCAGCUGCUUUUUAUGGCAAGAACUGUGCCAACGUGUGCCAGUGUCAGAACGGAGCCGACUGUGACCACAUCACCGGCCAGUGCACGUGCAGGACGGGAUUCACAGGCAAGCAGUGUGAGCAGAAGUGCUCCCCGGGAACGUUCGGUUACGGUUGCAAACAGCUUUGUGAGUGCAUGAACAACGCUACGUGCGACCACGUCACGGGCACCUGCUACUGCAGCCCAGGCUUCAAAGGGAUCCGCUGUGAUCAAGCGGCUCUUAUGAUGGAAGAAUUAAACCCCUAUACUAAAAUUAGCCCUGCUCUUGGAUCAGAGAGGCACUCAGUGGGAGCAAUCAUUGGAAUUAUUAUUCUCCUUCUAAUUAUUAUGGUCUUGCUGGCACUGUUUGUGUGGUAUCGACGGAAACAGAAGGAGAAGGGCCAUGACAUGCCAAGUGUAUCUUACACUCCAGCCAUGAGGAUGACUAAUACAGAUUACUCACUUUCUGAUGUGUCUCAAGGUAGCGGCAGUGUACACUGCUUUUCCAAUCCCAGCUACCACACUCUCUCAUGUGGUGUGACCUCACGCUUCUUUCCCAGUAAUCUGGAUGGAAACAGCUCCAGUAAGCUCAGUAACAAAAUCCUUGACAGAGAAACUGCAGACUGGAGACCCUACAGCUAUCUGAAUGAACUAGGUGCUUGUGGGAUGGAUAGACGUCAGAACACAUACAUAAUGGAAAAAAGCUUCAAAGAUUAUAUGAAGGAGUCCGUGUGCAGCUCCAGCACUUGUUCCCUGAACAGCAGUGAAAACCCCUAUGCCACCAUCAAAGACCCCCCCAUUUUAACCUGCAAACACUCCGAGAGCAGCUACGUGGAAAUGAAAUCGCCUGGGCACAGGGAGUCCCCCUAUUCCGAAAUGCCAACUUCAUCCACAGCCAAUAAAAACAUCUACGAAGUUGAGCCCACUGUCAGCAUAGUCCAAGACGGCCGCAGCCGGAGUGCCAGUUACCUGCAGAACCCGUACGACCUUCCCAGGAACAGCCACAUUCCCGGGCACUACGACCUCCUCCCCGUGCGGCACAGCCCCACGCACGGGCCCUCUUGGGACAAGCAGCCUUGAAGGGAUGGACUCCACUGGGCCCUGCGCUGCCCACGCCAGCUGGGAGGAAGCAGAGGAGGAGCCGUUCCUUUUCCACGCCGUGGGAUGCUGAUGGACGAGGACCGGCUCACGCACGGACCUGCCGCGACACAGCAUCAGCUUGGGCCGACUGCAGCUGCAUGAUGUUAUUUAUAAAGACACUUUUCUAUGGGUAACUGGAACUAACAGAACCUCCUCCACG